GUAAGUGUCGAAGUGUCGGGUGCCACUGGCCGGUGCGUACAUGAGGAAAGACUGGACGCCGCUGACGUGCCUGCGGAAGAGGACUGGCCUGCCGGACAGCACAGUGAAGAUCUGAGCAGAAUAUUGCAGAGGCUUGUGCCUCGAUUUCAUGAGGCCGAAUCCGGUUUGAAUUUGGCAGGCGAUUGGGUCGAGGAUCUGUUGCGUGCUGAAUAUGCGCCUUGGAGCCAGGAUCGCUUGGGUAUCUCUCUCGUGCUGACAUUGACUGGAUUGAGUCGGAGAGAGCUAGCGACGGACUGCUUGCGCUUUUCGAGGAGGAAAAGGGGAGUCAGACUGGGAAGGAAAGUGGAAUGUGCUGCCGAUGAUAAGGGCCAGGAGUGGAGCUCGGUGUUGCCGAUACGAAAAUUGCAGUGAUCAUCUGCUCUAGCUCGUGUGCUUCUGGCGAUUGAAUUUGAAGCUUCCAGGGCGUGUAUACUGUGCGGGGGAACAGCAGCAUUAGUCAUUAGGGUUUGCUGUUGUUUAAUUUCGUCUUCGGUGUAUAUUGAACUUUCCUCGUUUUCGAGGUAUUUUGUUGACAGAAAUAUUCACGUUCUGUUGAAUAUGAAAGCGAUGCGCAUUAGAUCAUUGGAUUCUCUUUGUUGACCCCAAUUCACAGACAAACUACAGGCAUUCCACAGAGGUGCAAUCACGGAGAUAAUAUAUGCUAUACAUGGCUCCCAAGCUGUCGUUUUUUCUGGCGUAAGGGCGAAGGCCUAUAUUCCUCUCGGAGUCAUCCAAAAGUUUUGAAGGCGAUGUGCAUUUUCCUCUCCGUCACCUAAUCGUUCCUUCUACUCCGCCACGUCAUUCGACACCAAAUACUGGCACGAGGAGCGAGUAGCGGGCCGUUUUUUUUGGCACUGCUUCAAAGUGUCGAAGGAUCUCUGUGGAAAUUACAAUGCUGCAGACGCAUCACCAAUGAAUCACAACACAGAUCUGCAGCUCAAUCUGAGGGCCUUGAGAAACAUCUCAUUGAGUCGAUCGUGAAGCACCAAAGACAGACUCUAUAGACAUAUGUUUGACGUCUGGCUAUUCUUGCUCGAUCAUCACGUAUGUUAUCUGGUCUGAAUUGACUAUAUUUCCUGUGCGGACAAGGAUCACAUGUGCCCUCUGUUGUCGCAACCAUUCGACGAAUACAUGGCAUCCCUUGAACGCUUUUGUUGUGAUUGUCUUGGUCUGCGUCGCAAGUCGACGAUGAACAAGGACUUAGCAUCUGAAGCUCCCACCCGUGGUACGCACAAGGAGAAUUUACUAGGGACAACCACCAUAGACGAGACAAGGAAAGCCAGUCGCAAGGGCGGAAGACCAGCUUCUAAGUCUCCUCUUCCGCUUGAUACCGGGUGCAGCGCCAACGGAAAAGCACACGAAAAUGUUCACAAUAAGUUUUCCAAAGCAUCAGCAAAAGUUUCUCAAAUUGAUUCCCAGGAAGAAGCUACUCAUUCUUCGAAACCAGUGAAGGAGACCCAUCACGCUCUCCGCUACGAGGAUCCCGAAGGAAACAAAAUGAUCAAUGAGUACGUGCGGGACUGUAAAAUAGGGACCGGUAGCUACGGAAAAGUGGUCCUUCAUCGAAGUAGAAAGGACGAUAAACUUUAUGCCAUUAAGAUAUUCCACAAAUCUCGCCUGCGCAAGUUGAGAGUUGCCCCGGCAGAAACCGCACUGAUGGAUGUCCUCCGAGAGGUAUCCAUCAUGAAGAAACUGGAUCAUCCAAAUAUAGUGAAGCUGGUGGAAGUCAUUGACGAUCCAGAAAGUGAUUACUUUUACAUGGUUUUAGAGUACGUGGAAGGCAGAUGGAUAUUUGAAGGAUCAGGACCACCCGGAGGAAUAGGAGCAGAAACUGCUCGUAAAUAUUUUCGAGAUGUUGUGGCUGGAUUGAUGUAUCUUCAUAAAAAUCAUAUAGUCCAUGGGGACAUAAAACCUGAGAAUCUUCUGAUUAGCAGUGAAGGCCGUAUAAAAAUUGGUGAUUUUGGUGUAAGCCGAACCUUUGAGGAUGAAAAUGAUGAGCUACGGAGAUCACCCGGGACGCCUGUAUAUACUGCGCCUGAAUGUUGUCUAGGUGUGACCUACAGGGGGAGAGCUGCAGAUGUUUGGGCUCUUGGUUGUACCCUGUAUUGCAUGGUUUUAGGUAGAUAUCCAUUUGUAGGAGACACGCUUCAAGGCACCUACGAAAGGAUUGUAAAUGAUCAGUUUUGGUUCCCGGGAGAUAUGGAUCCGGACUUGCUUAGUCUUCUACGUGGCCUUCUUUGCAAAGAUCCAACAAAACGACUUACAUUGGAUGAAGUAGCUUGUCAUCCAUGGGUUCUUCAAGUCAGCCCUGAACCUCAAACGUGACAAGCGACUAAAGAUAUAAUCCUACGAAGGAGCUAUAAGCUGUGCCUAUUGCAUCCUGAGACUGAUUCUCCUGACAUGAGGGUUUACGAAGUUAACAAUGUAGAUAGUCCAACCGUUAAAAGGAGCAUUUUCGAUCUAUUGUUACGCUUGGCCACUAGUCGCUCGACGUUUUUGAGAUUCUGGCCUAGUGGUGCAGUUGAUAAGUGAUGUCCAGUUUUGGAGUUUCUAGAUACCAAUGAAUGCGGGAUACAACAUUCAUUGAAGCCCGUUUUGCUCAUCUCGGAGUGUAGCGCGAAUGUGGUCCAGAAAGGAUCAUUCCUAGCGGGCGUGUAUUAUGCUGAUGCCUUUUGCCAUGAGCCUUGUCAUGAAGCCAUGUACAUGGCAAAUUGAGGUUUUCUGAGGAAGAUAAAUAAUGGUCAAUGUAGGAAACUUAGGCUUGUGUUGUCUUUUCCUAGAUAGUGUCCUUUGGACAUAUGCUGCGCGAAGGUGAUGUAUUUUAUUAGACUGAAGAGGCCGUCCAAGUUUUCCUCUAUAAAAGAUACGGACACGUCAUGACACCGAUUCUCUUAAGAGCAGCAUCUUCAGCUCCAAUCGUGGUGUUCGAUUAGGGAAUCACAUCUCCAAGCAAGCAUAGGAGAAGUGGGGUGUACUUCUGGCAUUGAUCACUAUGGCGGUCGCCGAGGUGCCCUAAGCGAAUAGUAAACCAGGAGCAGCAGAUAUUCCAGUUCCUCUGCAUUUGAUCCCCGCUUCCCGAUAUUCCGGAAGUUUCUUCAGUAAGGCUUAUUCUUUUGAGUCGUUCAGAAAACCUCUGGAUGAAAGCGCAAAGGAAUACGAGGAGAGUGUACUGUAUGAUGAGAGGUCGGGACUGGAACUGGGUACAGAGGAGUGAAGAACUGAAGUGAACCACCUCUGAUGAGUUCUCACUGAAUGAACAAAACUUAAAAACCUUCAGCAAAGUAGUAGCCUGUUCGGACUGCAGCAGUUGUCCAGGCUAGCAUGCUAGACCAAGCCAACCUGUUUUGAGUGGAGAUUGUACAGAUUGCGUUGAAUGAGGUGGCAAAAAAAUUUCAUAAGUUCACAAGUAAGCACCCGGAAUUCCUCAUGUAUUAUCUCCGAAACUUUUGGUUUCUGGUCAGUAGGCGAUUACUUUUGUACAAUUCUACACGUGACUAAAUGAGACGAGUGUCUUGUCAACGAGACUUGCUUUGAAUGCCGGAAAUGGCAGUUCUAAGUCAGAUUUGGG